AACCCUCCGAGUGCGCGCAGACUUCAUGGAUCAGGGUCAUUUGCAGCACUGUUGAGUUUUGUAGAUGCAUCUCCGCUGGAUAAGCUUACAAUGAUGCACCUCUGAGAGGGAUUCCAGCAAUAGGAAGAUUAAAAAAAAGACUGAUUAUCUAAUUCUUUGGUUUCCUUUUGUAUCCAAAGAUGAUGUUUUCUUCUGCAGGCAAGCGCUGCUUCACGAUAGAGUCUCUGGUCGCCAAAGAGAACCCCCUGAUCGCAGAGGAUCCCAUCCGUCCGACGGCUUUAAGUUACUCCAACCCGACGACAGAUGCCUUAAUGAACAGUUACCAGGCUCCGCCGGCCAGGUCCCUCUACCAGAGCCCGGACCUGGUGUUCCCAGAGACGGUAAACCACCCGUCCCUCACCGUGGCUCCUCACCAGCUCGGAGGCUCACACCUACAGCAUCCGCACUUCUUCGGGACGCAACACAGAGACCCGCUCAACUUCUACCCCUGGGUCCUCCGGAACAGGUUUUUCGGACACAGAUUUCAAGGUAAUGAUGUGUCCCAGGACAGCCUGCUCCUCCACGGUCCUUUCGCCAGGAAACCCAAGCGGAUCCGGACAGCCUUCUCUCCGUCCCAGCUGCUCCGGCUGGAGAGAGCCUUCGAGAAGAACCACUACGUCGUCGGGGCCGAGCGGAAGCAGCUCGCUAACAGCUUGAGUCUGUCGGAAACACAGGUGAAGGUGUGGUUCCAGAACAGGCGGACCAAGUACAAGCGACAGAAACUGGAGGAGGAGGGACCAGAGAGCCAGCAGAAGAAGAAGGGAAACCACCACAUCAACAGAUGGCGCCUCGCCACCAAGCAGUCCAGCUCUGAGGACAUCGACGUGACUUCAGAGGACUAAAAAAAAAAACGUGGUCCAACCAUCCGACAAUGCUGCCCUAAAACCGUGCGUCCCCUUCUGACGCAUCAGAGGACCAACACUAUUUAUUAUGUAAUAUUAUUAAGUAUGAUUAGACACAUUAGAGGAAGGACUAAAUAUGUGAUCACCGCACAUCUCUGCGCCGAGGUGCUACACUCAGUGACACUGGAAAAAAUUACAAACAUCUUAUUUAAUGACAUCCAUCCUGAAUGUCUCCGGAUGAGGACAGAUCCUUCUAUUAUUUAAAGAUCUUUGGUGUGUGAAGACCAAAGACGAAGAGAAACAACGUCAACCUCUAUAGUCUGUUUUUUUUAAUUAUUGUACAUAGGCCACUUAAAAAGUUUGUUUUUGAAAGAGGAUAUUUGUUUCAUUAAAGCUGUUUUUACCACCUGCUUAGGUCAUUAACACCUCAUUGCUCACCCCACCCACUCCGCCACCUGUGUACCAUGUUAAUUUAAAUUUCUCCUCAGUGACAAGAACAUGUUGUCGUACACUUUUUUAUCCACCCAGCAAGUCGGGAGAAGAGGCUGGUGACGGCCCAGAAGAACAAAACAGGAAAUGAACCUGAGGCGUCAAAGAAGAUCCAAGUUUGCAGCAUGAUUUUAUUUUCACUGGUGA